GAAGAAGAAAAGCAAGCAAGCAAGAAGAAGACAGACAGCUUUAAUUAUCACAAGAGAGACCAAACGAAACUGUGAACUUUUGUCUGAAAAAACAAAAUGGGAAGCCAAGGAGGAUCCAUAGUGAGGAAACCAAGGUUUCUGUGUCUCCAUGGGUUCCGUACGAGCGCAGAGAUAAUGAAGAUACAGCUUCACAAAUGGCCUAAAGCUGUUAUCGACAGACUCGAUCUCGUGUUCCUCGACGCGCCUUUUCCUUGUCAAGGCAAAUCUGAUGUCGACGGAAUCUUCGAUCCUCCUUACUACGAGUGGUUUCAAUUCAACGAGGAGUUCAUUGAGUAUGAGAAUUUCGAGAACUGUUUGGAGUAUUUAGAAGAUCGUAUGAUCAAGCUUGGUCCCUUUGAUGGUCUCAUUGGCUUCUCUCAGGGGGGAAUCUUGUCUGGGGGCUUACCAGGACUGCAAGCCAAGGGAAUUGCACUCCAAAAAGUGCCAAAGAUUAAGUUUAUCAUCAUUAUUGGAGGAGCUAUGUUCAGAUCUACCAAGGUUGUGGAGGAUGCUUAUUCCUUUUCCAUCGAUACUCCCUCCCUCCACUUUCUAGGAGAGACUGAUUUUUUGAAACCUUACGGAAUAAAGCUGAUAGAGUCGUUCAAGAAUCCGGUGGUCGUCCAUCAUCCCAAAGGUCAUAUUGUCCCCAGGAUCGACGAGAAGAGCUUGGAGAAAGUCACGGCGUUCCUCGAGACCAUAGAGAACCUGGUGAUGAUGGAGGAAGAAGACAAGGAUGGUGAAGAAAACAUUUGUUCUCCAAUAUAGAACUCAGCUUAUAAUGAAACAAUAUUUAAUGAAUAAUUCUUACGAAAUAAUUCUUUAGAAAUUUAUCGUGAAAUGACUGUAAAUUAUUGUGAAAAAUCGUUAUUACCAAAAACAAUAAUAAUAGACGUUUUAUUCCUUUUA